AUGGACACAAAGAAGAUCGAGAAAGUCCUCCGCAACCUGACCGAGCUGCAAAGCAACCAUGAAAUCAGCAUAAUCAAGAUCAGCGAGCCCAUCCUGAGCGCAAUACCGCAAGAUGGCAAUGGCGUCAGGACCUCAGAUGUUUCCAACUCGUCCAUGGACGCGCCGACACCCGCAAGCCUCGAGGCGGACCUGGCGCACUACAAGGAGCUGUUCGCAAAGCUCCGCUUCUCGUACGUGGAGCAGGUCACAAAGGAGAAGUUCAUCCGCGCGAUCGUGGGCGACCCGCCACUGAUCGUGUCUCCGCAGGAGAACAUCGAGCUGGAGAAGGAGAAUGUUGCGGCCAAGGGGCAGCUCAAGGCGCUGAAGAUGGAGGUGGCAGACAUGGUGGAGGAGUUAGAGAAGAAGGGCCGCGACCUGAGCAAGCGGUACGAGAACGUCAAGCUGGAGACGACUACAUUGAAGGAGCUGCCGGCAAAGAUUGCGCAUUUGGAAGAUCGCAUUGCCGAGCUCAAGGAGGCGCAGGAGCCGGGCGAGAAUCCUAGCCUGAGUCUCCCGUUAUCAAAGACACUGGAAUUGGUUGAAGAGAAGAAGCGCCAGAAGCACGAGCUCGAUAGGCAACUUGAACAGCUCCAGUCACAAGUGCCGCGCAAGAGGAAGGAGAUGGAGAGGCUCCAAGCCGAACUCCAGCCUUUGGAGGUGAAGCGGCAGAACAGCACAGCAGCAGCAAAGGAGGCAAAGAGGAGGAAGGAGGCUGCACUCGGAGGCGUGGAGGAUGAUCUGGAAGAGAGAGGUCGUUGGUGGAGGGCUUCAGAGACCUUACUCAAGCAGAUGCUCGACAUUCGAUCCUGA